AUGCAAGGUGGACGAUUUGUUCCGCGCUGCAUCCUUACAGACCUGGAUCCAGGCAUUUUAGAUUCCGUUCGGUGUUCACCGAUCGGUCAACUCUUUCGGCCAGACAAUUGCGUGGGUGGUAUGAGGGGUACCGGUAACAACUGGGCCAAAGGCAAGUACACUGACGGCGCCGAGAUCUCAGACGGUGUGAUGGACAUCAUCCGUAAAGAGACGGAAAAUUGCGAUCAAAUCCAGGGCUUCCAGAUCACACAUUCACUAGGCGGUGGUUGCGGGUCUGGUCUGACCUGCCUCCUAAUGCAACAGAUCAAGGAAGAGUGGCCUGAUCGUAUAAUCAAUACACAUUCUGUCUUCCCAUCUCCUAAGGUGUGUUCAUUUCUCUUUCAUUCUCUCUUUAUGCGUGCAUAA